AUGUCCUCGCCCGAUUUAACAACCGUCCAAACGGAUAAUAACGAAGUGCGCUAUUUUGAAGAAUUGGAAAACCAUAUUAAAUCAAUGAGUCUUAAAUUUCAAGAAAAGAGUGUUAUUAAACAAUGUACUUAUAACGAUAUUAUUAAAUGUUUAUUGUCACCAAAGGGUAGUCUACCAGACUUAUGCACUUCGAAAUUCAGUCAUUGGGCCAAACGUCAUUUCGUAUUAGACAAGAUCGCUGGUGUUGAUAUUGCUUGCUCACAUGAUACGAUCUCUCAUGGAGGUCGUGGUAAAACGAUCCAUGAGCUUAAUUCUCAUCAUUCUUGGAUACCACGAUUUGCUGUUGAAUUAUUUUUGAAACAAUGUAUUGUAUGUCAAACACGUCAGUCACUUAAAAAGCCUGCAAUUACCCAAAUUAUUAUUUCGAUUGGAGUAAUGACCAGAUUACAGAUCGAUUUAAUCGAUAUGAGGACGCGUCCGGAUAUAUUAAAUGAAAAUACUGUUUAUAACUGGAUAUUGAAUUGCAUUGACCAUUUUAGUAAAUUCACUUGGUGUUUUCCUUUACAAAAUAAAAGUGCUACUGAGGUAGCAUCAAAAUUACGUGAAUUAUUCUGCAUGUUCGGUGCACCACGUUUACUUCAUAGCGACAAUGGCCGCGAGUUCGUAGCCGAUGUUAUAUUUGAACUUAAAAUACUUUUUCCCGAUAUGCUUUUUAUUCGUGGUAGACCACGUCAUCCACAAUCACAAGGCUGUAUUGAAAGAGCGAAUGGUGUGUUGACUAGUGCUCUUGGAAAGUGGAUGGCUGUGAAUAAUUCUUCUCAUUGGUCUGAUGGUUUGUUGCCUGUUGCCUAUGGUAUUAAUACAAGAUUAUCGAUUGUUACUAAAACUACACCAUAUCAAUUUAUGUUUGGACAAGAGCCUCGUUCACAUUCAGAAUAUUGGAAAAUCGUGCACGAAAGUGGAAUUUCAAAUGAAGAAAGCUUACCAACAUCAGUUGCGAGUGCGAAGACUGAUGUUGUAAAUGAUACCAUGGAUGAGAUUUGUAACACUACAGCAGCUGCAAUCGAUAAUCGUGACGAUUUUAUGGAUAUUGAUAUUAUUCAACUUGUUCAACGAUUAUCUGAUCAAGUUGUUACACGUGUCUUGAUUGAUCAACCAAUUCUAGAUCCAUCCACAGUUGAUCAA